CAAUUUUCAAACUUAACUAAAUUCAUAUGACAUUUUUUUAAAAAAAAUUACAAAAUGGCGAAGAUAAAUUGGAACAGAAAAUAAAAAAAGAGGAAGAGGAAGAAACUAUUGUGCGGUAGGGCUCUAUGCCAACAGUACACAGCCCAGCCCAUGGGGAGGUCAUCUUCCUCCCCUGUUCAUCCAGAGCGUCGUGGACGCUCGUACGUCGUCCGUGGCGUGGACGCCACACACGGCGGCCAUCCGCUGCAUCCCCCGAUGGAUAAGAAGGACCCCCUCGAUCCCCUCCUGACCCUAGCGCCAACCACCCCCUCCCUCACUCCCUUUCGCUCUCUCCCGAGCGCAUCUGGCGCCACGCAGCCGUUGACCACGAGGCCAGGAACCUCCCUGCGCUACCUGGGAACGGCCAGGGGACCGCCUUCUUCUUCUUCAUCCUCUCCAUUGCCCCUGGACAAGCCGGAGCCGUCCCUUGCGCUCGCCAUCGACGACAUCUUCGCCGCGUACAUCGCCAUCGUCCGCCGUCGAUUGCCGCCGCUCUUGUCCACCUCUGGCCUCCCCGGCCAUGCCCCAAGAGUUCAUAACUACGAGACUGACGCCACUGCUGCUGUCCCGAUCGACUACGGUGUUGACGACCCCUCCUUCUUGCCAGAGCAAACAGAGAGCCCCUCACUUCAGAUGAUCGCCUGA